UCCACGUGUUUUCUCUGUUUACACACCGAAUAACCUCAACAGCACGUGUGUUGUAAAAUUUGUAGGCUAUGGUAAUACACAGAAAGUCGAGUUGAGUUCUCUUUUAGAAUCAGAAGGUUUGCAAAGUCAAAUAGCACAACAAAAGAAAGCUUUGGAAGAGAAAUUCAAUGAAGAGAACGAUGAGACUUGUGAGACUAAUUUUUCUACAAAUGUAAAUUCGAAAAAAUAUAAUGUAGAAAAAAUGGAUUGUGACUCUGAAGAAGCAAAUGCGUAUAAACAUCACUUCAUACCGGGACCAUCUUUCAAUUCGAUGACUGAUAUAAUGCCACCUGCACCUCCUUUACCACCACAAUUAAUGGCCAAAUUACCAGAUAAUGAUACAGACGCACUUUCAAGUAUGUUGAUGUCAUGGUAUAUUAGUGGUUACAUGGUAUAUUACACAGGUUAUUAUCAUGGUUUGAAACAAGCAAGAAACAAUCAAGAGAACAGGAAGAACUGUUGAUUAUAUCAAUUUUUUCAAUAACAAUAUAACGAUAAUAUAAGAUAUAAUAAAAUAUAAAACUCAUUGUAUUUAUUUACUUCAAUUAUUUGAAAUAAAGAACAGCUUUAUUUUCAUAUAA